CAUGUGGACGGAGAUAUUUUUUUCAAAACUGCACGUGUGGACGGGAUUUUUUUUAAAAACGAAAACGGAAAAUCUCCGUUUUCAAAAAUACCAGUGUACGUGUGGACGUAGCCUAAACAGUAGAGAUGUUUGUAGCUUUACGUUAGUUGGACUGACCGGAAGCAGGGUCCAUGCGUCACCACUAACCGGAUAGAGUUUUGGAUCGGUUCAGUCCUGCAUGUGCUUGCAAAAGUGAAUGUGAGAGGAACGAUCUCCUGGCUGCAUAAGCAAAUAUAUUUAAAUAUCCGUGAUAUCCAGUGAUCAUGAACUCUGAGUACGAGGAUAGCUCCGCGUUAUCCCCCGUGGAAUCUGGGGACGAGGAGGCGGAGGAGGUAUCGGAGGCAGAAACAGAGCAGCUGGGGUCCAGUUCCGACUCGGAUGAAGAUGAAAGCGGAGAGAAAAUGGAUGAAACAGCAGCGGCUGAAGAUGAAAACGGACGGGAAAUGGAUGAAACAGCAUGGACUUCAAAAAAUGGAAAAAUAUCUUGGUCUCCCACAGACGCUGAGACGUUCCGCUACAUCCCAGCAGCCACUGGUCUGAUCCCGGGACCUACACGCUAUGCCACCUCCCGAAUCGUUGACCCCAUAUCCAGCUUCGCACUGUUGCUAACGGAUGAAAUCGUGCAGCAUAUUGUGUCCAUGACAAACCUGCAUGGGAAACGCAAAAUCCCAGGCUGGCGAGAUAUAGACGCAGAGGAAUUUCGGGCUUAUGUGGGGCUGCUCGUUUUGUCCGGUGUUUACAGGUCAAAACAUGAAUCAACGAUCAGCCUCUGGAGUGAGAAAUGGGGACGGAGCAUUUUCCGGGCUACGAUGUCCCAGAAGAGGUUUCAACACAUCAGCAGAGCACUGCGGUUCGAUGACAAGCUAUCCCGCCCCCCACGCCGUGUUGACAAGUUGGCUCCCUUCCGCAAAGUCUGGAAUAUGUGGACGCACCGCCUGGAGAUGCUGUUCAGCCCAGACAGAGAUCUCUGUGUGGAUGAACAACUCGUCUCGUUCAAAGGCAGGUGCAGCUUCAGGCAGUACAUGCCAAAAAAGCCAGCCAAAUAUGGUAUCAAGAUUUGGGCAGCCUGUGAUGUCAAAACAUCCUACGCCUGGAGACUGCAGGUGUACACGGGCAAACCAGCUCCAGAUCGUGUUGAAGUCAACCAGGGGAUGAGGGUGGUCCUGGACAUGACAGAGGGGCUCCAGGGACACGUCGUCACCUGUGAUAAUUUUUUCACUUCCUGUGCACUGGCAGAUGAGCUACUCAAGAGGAAAAUGGCCCUGGUUGGCACAAUUCGCCAAAACAAGCCUGAGCUUCCACCUCAUUUGCUCCAGGCAAAAAAGAGAGCGCUCUUCUCCUCCAUCUUCGCUUUUACGAAGACCCGCACACUUGUGUCUUACACGGCCCGACGAGGCAAGAAUGUGCUGCUACUAAGCACAAAACACCGCCGUCCAGACGUGAGCACUGAAGGGAAGAGAAAGCCCGUCAUAAUCCAAGAUUACAACAAAUGCAAAGGAGGUGUCGACAAACUUGAUCAGGUUGUUGGCACCUACUCCUGCAGGAGGAGAACAAAUUAUUGGCCACUGGCCCUCUUCCACAACCUCCUCGAUGUUUCACUUUACAAUGCCUACGUCCUGUGGACAUCAAUCGAGCCAUCCUGGCAGAAGCAGAAAGGAUACAAACGGAGGCUCUUCAUUGAAGAAGUGGGAGAAAUGCUGGUGAACCCGCACAUUGUAAAGAGAGAGCGCCUUCCCCGCUCAUCAGCCGCUGCAGCAGUAGUCACACAAAUGACUGCAGCGGCUGCAGGCCCCUCUCCCAUCAUUAAAUGUAAGGGCAGGAGGCAGUGCGAACUUUGCAAAGAAAAAAGGAGAAGAAUUGUCAACACCUGCUGCAAAUGUGAGAAGUAUACAUGCAAGGACCACAGUGUGUCCAUUUGCAACAACUGCUCCGCCUGAGCAGGACUCUCACACCCAGACACAUACUACCUCUCUCUCUCUCUCUCUCUCUCUCUGUCGCCUUCUCCCCAUCCCCAACAACAUAAAUGUUCAUGUUUGUCUUUCUAAAAUAAAUGUUUUUCUA